AUGUCCGCCCCAAACCCCGUCGACGCCCCACCCCACAUCCUACAGCUCCUCUCGGACCUCCACAAGAAGUCCCUCGAGCAGGAGGCCGCCAUCGCCCAAGCCAAGGAGGGCAAGAUCUUCUCCUCAAUGGUGAUGGACGAGUUAUCCGGGGAUGACAAGAACGAUCCGGCCGCCGCGUUCGACAAGCUGAUGCUGGACAAAUUCAUUGCGCUCGAUGAAGACAAGUGCCAGUUCACGUACCAGCUCAUCAACGCGAUGGGCGCUACAAAUGUUGUGGAGGCAGGAACAAGCUUUGGCGUUAGCACCAUUUACCUUGCUCUUGCUGUGGCCAGGACCAAGGCUGCGACGGGGAAAGAGGGCGUUGUUAUUGGGACUGAGAAGGAGGUCAGCAAGGCGGAUUUCGCGAGGGCGUACUGGCGGCAGUGUGGACCUGAUGUUGAGAAUCAGAUUGAGUUGCGUGAGGGGGAUCUGUUGAAGACGUUGAAGGAGGACUUGCCUGAGGUUGAUUUGCUGUUAUUGGAUAUCUGGUCCAAGCUCGCUCUUCCCACGCUGAAGAUCGUUCAGCCUUGCCUGCGGCAUGGCGCCGUGGUACUGGUUGAUAAUACCAUCUCCGGCGCUGAGGGCUAUGCGGAUUUGCUGGCUUACCUUAGAGCGCCUGGAAGUGGGUUCCGCAAUAUGACUUUGCCCUUCACGAAUGGGUUUGAGAUGUGUGUUUACAUGCCGACGCAGCAGUAG